UUCCAGGAGGUGGAGUCUGAGGAGGGACAAACAGGUUCACGGCUGUGGGAGUGGGAUGCAGUGAAUGAGUUGUGUGGGAAAGGGGUGAGGGCAAGGUUAUCUUCCAGUGUUAGGGACGCAGGAACGAGGUGAGCGGAACAGCCCGGCUCCACCUUUCGCUGGUCGCGGUCGGGAGGAUCAGCCCCGGCGAAGGAAACUCCGCCCCCGCUGAUCCGUCGCGCCCCGCCCAGGCCCGCAGCGCGGCUGCAGCGCGAGGGGCGGAGAGGCACAGCGCCGCGAGAGGACCAGAAGCCCAGGUCGCUCGCAUCCCAGUGCCGCAGGAGACCGAACACGCGCCCGGGACGCUGCUCUCCCCAUCCCCCCGCCGCCGUCCGGGCGUCCCAGCUGCUCUGUCGGCCCCAGCGACCGAUCACCUCUCCUCCGCCCGGACCCCAGCGAGCGCUCCCUUCCUCCGGAGCACAUACUACCCCCUUUGCUGCCAGAGAAGUGCCCCAGCCCAGCGCCGGCGACCACUAUGGCGGAGACCAACAACGAAUGCAGCAUCAAGGUGCUUUGCCGAUUUCGGCCCCUGAACCAGGCCGAGAUUCUCCGGGGUGACAAAUUCAUCCCCAUUUUCCAAGGGGACGACAGCGUCAUUAUUGGGGGGAAGCCAUAUGUCUUUGACCGUGUGUUUCCCCCAAACACGACUCAGGAGCAAGUUUAUCAUGCAUGUGCCAUGCAGAUCGUCAAAGAUGUACUUGCUGGUUACAAUGGCACAAUUUUUGCUUAUGGACAGACAUCCUCAGGGAAAACACAUACCAUGGAGGGAAAGCUGCACGACCCCCAGCUGAUGGGAAUCAUUCCUCGGAUUGCUCGAGAUAUCUUCAACCACAUCUAUUCCAUGGAUGAGAACCUUGAAUUCCACAUUAAGGUUUCUUACUUUGAGAUUUACCUGGAUAAAAUUCGUGACCUUCUGGAUGUGACCAAGACAAACCUGUCUGUGCAUGAGGACAAGAACCGGGUGCCAUUUGUCAAGGGUUGUACUGAACGCUUCGUGUCCAGCCCAGAGGAGAUCUUGGACGUGAUUGAUGAAGGGAAAUCGAACCGUCAUGUGGCUGUCACCAAUAUGAAUGAACACAGCUCUAGGAGCCACAGCAUCUUCCUCAUCAACAUCAAGCAAGAGAACAUGGAGACUGAGCAGAAACUUAGUGGGAAGCUGUAUCUUGUGGACCUGGCAGGAAGCGAGAAGGUCAGCAAGACUGGAGCAGAGGGUGCUGUGCUGGAUGAAGCAAAGAACAUCAACAAGUCACUGUCGGCCCUGGGGAACGUGAUCUCUGCACUGGCUGAAGGCACUAAAAGCUACGUCCCAUAUCGUGACAGCAAAAUGACACGGAUUCUCCAGGACUCUCUGGGGGGAAACUGCAGGACGACCAUGUUCAUCUGCUGCUCACCGUCCAGCUACAAUGAUGCAGAGACCAAGUCCACCCUGAUGUUUGGGCAGCGAGCAAAGACCAUUAAGAAUACUGCCUCAGUGAAUCUGGAAUUGACCGCUGAGCAAUGGAAGAAGAAAUAUGAGAAGGAGAAGGAGAAGACUAAGGCCCAGAAGGAGACGAUUGCGAAGCUGGAGGCUGAGCUGAGCCGGUGGCGCAAUGGAGAAAAUGUGCCUGAGACUGAGCGUCUGGCUGGGGAGGAUUCAGCUCUGGGAGGUGAGAUUUGUGAGGAGACCCCUGUGAAUGAUAACUCAUCCAUUGUGGUACGCAUUGCACCUGAGGAGAGGCAGAAAUAUGAGGAGGAGAUCCGCCGCCUCUACAAGCAGCUUGACGACAAGGAUGAUGAGAUCAAUCAGCAGAGCCAACUCAUUGAGAAGCUGAAACAGCAAAUGCUGGACCAGGAGGAGUUGCUAGUGUCUACUCGGGGAGACAAUGAGAAGGUCCAGCGGGAGCUGAGCCACCUGCAAUCGGAGAACGAUGCUGCAAAGGAUGAGGUGAAGGAAGUACUGCAGGCCCUGGAGGAGCUGGCCGUGAACUAUGACCAGAAGUCCCAGGAGGUGGAGGAGAAGAGCCAGCAGAACCAGCUUCUGGUGGAUGAAUUGUCCCAGAAGGUGGCCACUAUGCUGUCCCUGGAGUCUGAGCUGCAGCGGCUCCAGGAGGUCAGUGGACACCAGCGAAAACGGAUUGCUGAGGUACUGAAUGGGCUGAUGAAGGAUCUGAGUGAGUUCAGCGUCAUCGUGGGCAACGGUGAGAUUAAGCUGCCAGUGGAGAUCAGUGGGGCUAUUGAGGAGGAGUUCACUGUGGCCCGACUCUACAUCAGCAAAAUCAAAUCGGAGGUCAAGUCCGUGGUUAAACGGUGUCGGCAGCUGGAGAACCUCCAGGUGGAAUGUCAUCGCAAGAUGGAGGUGACUGGUAGGGAGCUGUCAUCUUGCCAGCUGCUCAUCUCACAGCACGAGGCCAAGAUCCGCUCACUUACGGAAUACAUGCAGAGUGUGGAGCUGAAGAAACGGCACCUGGAAGAGUCCUAUGACUCCCUGAGCGAUGAGCUGGCCAAGCUUCAGGCCCAGGAAACUGUCCAUGAAGUGGCCUUGAAAGACAAGGAACCAGACACACAGGAUGCAGAUGAAGUGAAGAAGGCUCUGGAACUGCAGAUGGAGAGUCACCGGGAGGCCCAUCACCGGCAGCUGGCCCGCCUCAGGGACGAGAUCAAUGAGAAGCAGAAGACUAUUGAUGAGCUCAAAGACUUGAACCAGAAGCUGCAGUUAGAGCUAGAGAAACUUCAAGCUGACUAUGAGAAGCUGAAGAGCGAAGAACAUGAGAAGAGCACUAAGCUCCAGGAGCUGACAUUUCUCUACGAGCGACAUGAGCAGUCCAAGCAGGAUCUCAAGGGUCUGGAGGAGACAGUUGCCCGGGAACUCCAGACCCUCCACAACCUUCGAAAGCUGUUCGUUCAAGACGUCACGACUCGAGUCAAGAAAAGUGCAGAAAUGGAGCCCGAAGACAGUGGGGGGAUUCAUUCCCAAAAGCAGAAGAUUUCCUUUCUUGAGAACAACCUGGAACAGCUUACAAAGGUUCACAAACAGCUGGUACGUGACAAUGCAGAUCUGCGUUGUGAGCUUCCUAAACUGGAAAAACGACUUAGGGCUACGGCUGAGAGAGUUAAGGCCCUGGAGGGUGCACUGAAAGAGGCCAAGGAGGGAGCUAUGAAGGACAAGCGCCGCUACCAGCAGGAGGUGGACCGCAUCAAGGAGGCUGUGCGGUACAAGAGCUCGGGCAAGCGGGGCCAUUCUGCCCAGAUCGCCAAACCUGUGCGUCCUGGCCACUACCCAGCCUCCUCACCCACCAACCCCUAUGGCACCCGGAGCCCAGAGUGCAUUAGUUACACCAACAGCCUCUUCCAGAACUACCAGAAUUUGUACCUGCCGGCUGCACCUAGCUCCACCUCAGAUAUGUACUUUGCUAACUCCUGUGCCAGCAGUGGAGCCACAGCCUCUGGUGGCCCCUUGGCUUCCUACCAGAAGGCCAACAUGGACAAUGGAAAUGCCACAGAUAUCAACGACAAUAGGAGUGACCUGCCAUGCGGCUAUGAGGCUGAGGACCAGGCCAAGCUUUUCCCUCUUCACCAAGAGACAGCAGCCAGCUAAUCUCCCAUUCAGGACUGCAUAGUCUGCACUUUCAGUUUCUAAGAGGGACUGAGGCCUCUUCUCUCAGCAUGCUGCAAAACCUGUGGUCUCUGAUACUAACUCCCUCCCCAACCUGUGUUGUUGGACUGUACUGUUUGAUGUCUUCUACUUACUCCGUACUUUGUACUCUGUAUCUAUAUAUCAGAAGCCACUGCUAUGUCUCUCCUCUCUCUGUCGUACACUCUAAGUAUCUGAUGAUGUAUUUAGCAAUUUCUAAGCAUAGUCUACCUUCCUCAUUGGGCACUAGCGAGGGGGAAAUGUUUCUUCCAUAUACUUGUCUCACAGUGAAUGAUCACUGGGUAGCGGUCCCAAGAUGGAAAAGGAAAAACAGGAGGCAGAAGACUGUGGUCCUUCUCUCUUGAAAACACACAUGUACAUGCGCGCGCGCACACACACACACACACACACACAUAUACACGUGUACAUACAAAGCCUUAAGCAGAAGAAUGUCUUAGCAUCCUAAGAAGAGAAACAUACCCUUCCCUCCUCUUUUUUACGUACAGCACAGAGGGGAGCACAGUGAAAGAGUUGCUAAGUCAUUUUUUUUCAUACACCCCUCACCUGAAUCGAGAGAUUCCAGGUGUUACUUCAAUCCUACAGAGCCCGCUUUUGCUUCCCUCUUCCCCCAGCCUGAGAACAUGGAUGGUUCAGGGGUCUAGUUCCCUUUCUGGUCCAAGCCCCUUUUGAUACGCUCUAUCCUGAGAUCUCACAACCAGAACUCAGAGUUGAUUAAAAAUAUUUUGGAAAGUUGAGAAGGCAGACCUCUCCUUCUAGCCUGACAAAUUGCUAUUCAUCUGUCUGUGCUGAUAGUUACAAGCAAGUAGAGUCAGAAUGGUUGGUUCCCUGGGUCUGGGGUGUACAGAGACUGGGAAACUGCUAAGUGGUUUUCUAUCACAGUGCCCUCAGGUUAAAGCAAGAAGCUGAAUUCCUUUCUCCCAUAUUGGGCCACAUGUUCUUCCCAUCUUUGAGUUUGGUUUUGGGCUUCCAAUUCAUUGAGAAAGUAGCUGUCUUUAGAUGCCUUCCCUUCAAGCUGGAGUCUGGCUUUUCCCCCAGUAUCCCUCCCCACCCUCUACCCUGCCAUAGAGUUCCUUCUAUAAUAGCUCCACUUAGCAUCAAGUGUACUUUGAAGAAGGGGGCCAGGCAAGAUGUAGCUCAGUGGCAGAGCUCUUACCUGGUACAUGAAAAGCCAUGGUUUCAGUGCUCAGCACUGCGAAAACAAAAGCUGGACCUGGUAAUCCUAGCACUCAGGAAGCUGAGGCAGGAGGACUGCUAUGAGUUCACGGUCCAUUCCAGGACACCUUGAGCUACAGUAUGAGACCCUGUCUCAAACAAAACAAAGAAAAAGAAGAAAAGAAAGGAAAGGGACAGGGCAGUCUCAGCCCAAGUACCCUCCUCUCCACAGUCAAAAGGACUGUUGCUUUAGUUCUUGAUGGUCUUUUCCUCCCAUUUGCUAAUGCAGGUUUUCAGAUAAAUGCUGGGAUGAAGGUCACUGCCCAGCCCAAACCAAUAAUGCCCAGUAUCCAGAUAUCCAGUCUUAUCUAGGAAGGAAGACCAGGAUCCUCCAACCAUGGAACCAAGGGGCAGCCUGUCACUUGGCUUCUUCUGGGUCUAGAAAGCUCAGUGUGAAUGGCAGCUGGUAAAUAUGGGCUGUAGUGGCCUGUGACUCCUUCAAGAGAAAGGUUCCUUUUGGUCUGUUAGGUCCCUUUUACCUCUGAAGGAGUAAUAGAGGGGUAAAAUAUCAAAGAGGCAUGGAAUAAAUCGGAAGUUGCAAUGUUCAAACACUUUUCAAAAUAAAUCUUAUAUAGAACUCUGACAUAAAAAAAGAACAUAGGGGGCCAGUGAGAUGGCUCAGCAGAUGAAGGUGCUUGCUGCCAAGCCUAACUACCUGAGUAUAAUCCCCAUGGACCCACAUUGUGGAAGAAGAGAGACAACUCCUACAAGUUGACUUCUGACCUCCACUAUAGAAUGUACUGCCCCUGCAUGCAUACAUGCACACUAAAUCAAUAAAUAAUCUAAAAAACAAUAACAAAGUAACAUAGGGCUUUGAUUGUGACCCAUUGAGUACUUGCCUAACAUGCUUAGCGUGAGCAAGGCCCUUGGUUUCAUUUAUCUCUGGAAUGGCAAAAACAAACAAAAGCCAAAACAGUAAAGUAACGCAGACUUGGGAAGCAUACAUUUUCUUCCUUUUUUGGUGGAAAAUGCCUGAUUAGUUGAAGGACCCUAAAACAGUCCAAAGAGAAAGACCCUGAAGAUUCUAAAUAGUUUGAAAACCACUUAUUUGCAAGGGGUUCCACCCCCCCCCCCCCGUUCUCCUACUCUAAAACCACAACUCAAAGAAAAGAAGAUGGGUGGGGAAGAUGAGUCAGACCCACUGGGAGAAAAGGAAAAGAGCAGUUGACCUGUGGUCUUGUGCCAGUAUUUGCUGGCAGGACACCUAAGAAUCCAGGGGAGUUGAUGUAAUUUUGCUACCAAGUGAUUCUUUCAAAAAACACGCAAGACAAUUUGAAGGGAUAGGGCAGAUGAAGAGAGAGCAUGACACAGGGAACAGCCUUCUCUUUGGCAGAUGUAA